AUGGCUACAUCGACGAUACCGUCUAUCGCGAUAGACACAGUGGCUCCUCACAAGGAGUACUGUGGUGGUCUCCGUGGGCCGUACAGCAACUAUUUGCUGCCACUGGAUCGGCCCAAAGCGCUACGAGCGCCAACGUUCGGUCAGAUUGAUGAUCUUAUCGAGGAAAUGCAGUGCUUCUGGCCAUAUACUUAUUCCACGUCCACAACCGAUCUCUCGCGAACGGAGACCGACAGCUUCCUGAGAGAGCCUCGACCACUUUUCGUCCACAAAGCAUCAGCGAACAGUCACUACUCAGAGGACGACGCGUCAGAACCAUCGUCGCCGCUUUCAGACUCGGACGGCAGUACAUGGCCUCCCGUCACUCCGGCUUCCUUGGAGUCAAGUCCGUCACUGUGGACAGAGCCAAGCUCGCCGCCAGCGUAUACAAUACCGAAGCGAAAGUACCAAAGAGCUUCUCAAAAGACCGUUAUUGAGCCCGAGUCACUGAAGCCAUCGUCGGCGUUCGAUUUCUCUCGAAGAGACGUGAUUUCGGAGAUGCUCGACCAGCUGCCAGCUAUCGUCUAUCGAAAGCCGAUCCCCAGCAUGCCUGACGGUGAUGAUGAUGUGGUCUUCCAGCAGCAUCCGGCAGUGCGCCCGAUGAGCAGACACUCGUCGCUCAGAAUGCCAAACAAGGCGGCGGAUGCUCCCAGGCGGUCCCUGUCCGUUCGGCUGAAGGUGAACAUCCGGAGGCCACGAGCCAGCUCGCAGAAGAUGUGA